AUGAAGUUAACAAUUUGUCAAAUUGCUAAAUUAUUUCUGCUGUUGACAGCCUUCUUCUUUCUUAAUUCCCACAACGCCUCAUCCACCUUCACCGCCUUGAACCUCACCUCUGGCCACUUCAACAGCCAACUGGAACAAGAACAAGAACAACAACGUAAUGCGCUCGAACUUGAUCGUCAGGCACGUCAAAAGCAAAUGUCCGGCAUACAUAAGCAACAGGGGCAACAGGGGCAACAGGGGCAACAACGUCAACGCCGCGGAAAACAACAACAACAGCAACAAGCAACCACUGCAGCUUUAGCGGCUCAGCGUGUCGCAGUUUUAAUACCUUCAUCAUUCGACGUUGAUAUGAUGCAAGUGCAACAGGGCUUUCAGCAUUUCGUUGAGUUUUUUCAAGUGCAUUUAUCUGAUGCCAACGUCGAUUUUCUACGUGAUGUCGAUUUAAGUGGCUUCAUUAAAUUACUCGAGCUACCCAAAUACACGAGCAUUGUAAAGACUUUAAAUGCGGGCAUUAAUGUAGACACCGACGUGGACCUUGAUGAUGGUGGAGUUGACCCAACAAAGCAGUCGCGUCAGCAGCGAGCCCAAACGAAACAGUUGUCAGCAGACUCUUUAUCAGCAUCUACACCGGAGAGCCAACAGAGGAAACAUCAAAAACAACAGCGCAAGGACGAGCCGCAGGAGAAACACUCAACUACCCGCAGCUUGACCCACUGUCAUCAGCUGGCCGACCAACUUGCUCACGAUUACAACAAGAGCGUCGUUUUCUGGCCAUGCCCGCGGAUGAAAAUCUCGAGCAAUUUUCUGCCAUCAUUUGAGGCAAUUGCCCUGGCCGUGCGGAGCAUUGCCAGCAAGUUGAAUUGGACGCAGGUUGACAUCUAUGUUGGCGACGACAAUUGGGGCCUACCGCUAGCCAUUGCGACCAACUUGCAUAUACCUUAUCGCAUUGAAAUCGGCGACACAAUACGUGACCUGCAUGAACAGGAAAAAGCGGGCAAAGCAAUUAUUAUUACGGCGCCUCUGAACGAUGAAAGCACCCUGCGUUGGCUUGCAACUGGCAAGUGGGCGGAGCAGGACCAGCACACAAAAGUAUUGCUCAUCGAUAUUGUGGCCAGCUCAUUGAAUGUCGAGCACCGACUCUACAAAUAUUUGGCACGCAUCAAUGCGGCCACUGGCAAUGGUAAUGGUAAUGGCAACAGCAAUGGCAAUGACAAUGGGAGCAGCAUACCGCAGUUGCCCGUGUCCGGGCUGGUGACCAGCAAUCUGUUGGUGCUGACGCUGCUAAGCGAUAAGCAUCGACACUUUCUGAAUGCGGCCGGGAUUGGCAUGGCCAUGGUGCACAAUUUUCGUACACCAGCGUCUGGCCAUGCGGUGAAUGGAGUGGAAACGCCAAUGGAGGCAUUGGCUCAUCAAAAUGCCAGCCUCAACAAGCUGCGACCCUUUAUGAAUCUGUUCUCACUUUACGAUCUGUUGCUGUCGCACAUUGCGGCUGGCAGUGCAACGGCGGCAACACCGAAAUACGAUUUUUUAGUUCUGGACAUUGUUGUUGAUGCUGCUCUUGCCACAUACAAAUGGCGGCCGUUGCUCAUACUGGAGGGCGGCAAGGGUGCAGGUCACGGUAGUUACAUAACGCACUCCAUUCAGCCCGGAUACGAUGAAUGGCUGUUGGUCAGCAGCGUUCAAAUGUGGCAUUGUGGCGCCAUCUGUUGGACAAUCGCAGCAAUAUGCAUGGGCUUACUGGUCAUCAUUGUGGUUGCCAGCGUGGCUGCUGGCGUAGCCGUGAGAAACUACUUUUUACGCAAAAGACUGUCGAAGGGACCCAACAAGAUUGUGCUCUCGGCCAGCGACUUUGUGUUUCCAGUGGACUCCCGUCGCGUGGACGAGGGCAUCGAGGCGAUGCUUUGCUGCUGGCUGCAACAGCUGCAGGAGUUUGGAGGUCCCGAGGUGGACAAGCCAGAUCUGCUCAAGGGGUCCAUUGGCUCGCUCAAGAAUUUGGGUUUUGUCAUACCCGGCGCAACAGCAGCCGGCAACAAUGGUGCCAUAACUGGAGCUGGGGGAAGCACCACAACGGCGACUAUCAAUGGCAAGAGUGGCUCCACGGCCACGGGCAGCCUGGCACGUCAUAAGCCGGCACAUCUGGACAUGCGGGCGCGCUACAAUGGCGAUCUGGUACAGCUCAAGGAGAUAAACUUGAAUGGAUCCACUGAGCUGCGCUCCAAGGCCAUGGAUCUGUUGGUGAUGGCGCACGGGCUGCGGCACGAGAAUAUAAAUCCACUAAUUGGCUGGCUUUCGGAUCCGAAUCGCACAGCCAUGGUUUUUGACUAUUGCUCACGCGGCUCACUGCAGGAUGUGCUUAUUAUGGAUGAGAUUAAGCUGGACUGGUCCUUCCGUCUUAGUCUGCUUACCGAUCUGGUGCGCGGCAUGCGCUACUUGCACGCCUCGCCGCUUCGCAUCCAUGGUGCAUUGACGUCCAGAAAUUGUGUCGUGGACGCCAGAUGGGUGCUCAAGGUAACCGACUAUGGUCUGAAUUCCUUUUACGAGUCGCAGGGCUUGUCGCCCCCACCACGCAGCACCAAGGAGCUACUAUGGACGGCCCCCGAGCUGCUGCGCAGCAUGAAAAUGCAGCAACAGCAGCAUCAUCAUCAUCAUAAUCAACACGGACGUGUGCAGCUGGGCACACAGCUGGGCGACGUCUAUUCCUUCGGCAUCAUUAUGCAGGAGGUGGUUGUACGUGGUGAGCCCUAUUGCAUGCUCUCACUCUCGCCGGACGACAUUAUAGCCAAAAUCAAAAAGCCACCGCCACUGAUAAGGCCCUCAGUGUCCAAAGGGGCUGCCCCACCAGAGGCCAUCAACAUAAUGCGACAGUGUUGGGCCGAACAGCCCGAAAUGCGACCUGAUUUCAAUUCCGUUUACGAGCGCUUUAAGAUGCUCAAUCACGGACGUAAAGUCAACUUUGUGGACACAAUGUUCCAAAUGCUUGAGAAGUAUUCAAACAAUCUGGAGGAGCUAAUACGGGAGCGCACCGAGCAAUUGGACAUUGAAAGAAAGAAGACUGAGCAGCUGCUAAUUCGCAUGUUACCAAGCUCUGUUGCUGAAAAACUUAAAAUGGGCCUGGCCGUCGAUCCUGAGGAAUUCUCUGAUGUCACCAUAUACUUUAGCGACAUUGUUGGUUUUACAACAAUCGCCGCCCACUGCAGUCCCGUGCAGGUGGUGGAUCUGCUCAACGACCUCUACACAAUAUUUGACGCAACAAUCAAUGCUUAUAAUGUCUACAAGGUGGAGACCAUCGGAGAUGCCUAUAUGGUGGUCAGCGGGCUGCCAGUGAAGAUACCCGAUCAUGCCGAGCAGAUAGCCACCAUGGCGCUCGAUCUGCUGCAUCAAAGCGGACGCUUCAAUGUCAAGCAUCUGCCGGGCGUGCCGCUCCAGCUACGUAUUGGUCUGCACACGGGUCCCUGCUGUGCCGGCGUUGUGGGUCUAACAAUGCCGCGCUAUUGCCUGUUUGGUGACACGGUCAAUACGGCCUCCAGAAUGGAAUCUACGGGUUCCUCCUGGCGCAUUCACAUGUCGCAAGAGACUCGCGAUCGCCUGGAGGCUCGUGGUGGGUAUUCCAUAGAGCCACGCGGGCUCAUCGAUAUCAAAGGCAAAGGAAUGAUGAACACGUUUUGGCUGCUGGGCAGAAAGGGAUUUGACAAGCCGCUCCCUGUGCCACCACCCAUCGGGGAGUCGCAUGGAUUGGACGAAUCCCUAAUACGCAACUCGAUUACACUGAAGGCGCAGGCGAACAAAUCGCGCACCAGCACGAAUCCCUCGUCAUCGCAGAGCUCUUCGCUGGCUGGUGAAUCGGUGGAGGUCAAAGUGGAGAUAACACCGCCCGCUAACACGGACAUGUGCUCAAGCCAUCUGCCCAAUUCGUAUUCGCUGGACUCGAAUUCCCCCAACACGAUUAGCCCAAAUCCGACGCUGUGCCCCGAGUUUCCCAGCAAAACGCCAAGCAGCACAAGUCCACAGUCGCGCAAGCUGUCUGAACUAACGCCGGAUAGUCUGUUGAAUCCGAACAGCUUUAAUCGCUUGCCCAGCUCUACGGGCGGGUCUAGCUCCCGGCUGUAUAAGAAGAUUGAGGAAAUGAUGGAUCUCAGCUCACCGUAUAAUCACUAUAAAUGUCUCAGUCCCAGCGAGAGCAACUUAUCCCAAUUCUAUGAUGGCAAGUAUCUGUAUGGAAAUGCUGGCGGUGGCAGCGUCGCUGGAGCCACUGGAUCUGGUAGUGGGGGCUGCUCCAUUAGUGCCAGCGCCUCAAAGUUUGAUAGCAAGCCCGGCUCUAGUCGCCUGCUGCGCCGUCAGUUCAGUCUGGACCGUGACGACCAGCAGGCCAAGGUGGAGCACCAGCACCAGCUGUCGCUGCAGGCAAACAACUACGCAGCCCUGAUGUUUGCCAGUAAGAACUCUAUGCUGGAAAUACCGAUGCUGCAUGACACAUCGCGCAGUCCGAAGGGCACAUUGACGCGGGCGCACAAGCAGAACUCUAGCUCCAUUGCGCAGGAUCUGGAGAAGAUUGAGGAAAUACCGUUGUCGCCGGCCUCCUCGCAACACCACAGCAGUCUGGAUAGCAACCUAAAUCGUAGUCCGCCCUCCACCCUGGAGGCCCAAUCGCCGCCGAUGCUACCCAUGCCCGCUCCGGCCACCCAGCUGAGUCCACCUUUGCUCUCGGCGCCCACCUCGCCGGCACCUUCGCGCACUCUGAAUGGCCUGGAUGCGCACAGCCGUAGCAGCAAGAACAAUAACAACAACAGCAGCAGCAGCGGCAGCCCCAAUGCGCCACAGGAAACCGCCAGGCCCGGCCCUGAGGUAGUUCUCAACGUGGAGCAGCUGCUGGGCAGAUAGGACACAGUUUAGGCCUCUGCGCCAAGUAACUCGUAAAGCUUUAGGUCUGAGGCCAUCUUAAUGUGAGUGUCCGACAAUUUGAGUGUUGUGAUGUGCAAAGUAUAGUACCUCGAUGCAAGCAAACUUGGUUCCAGCUGCAAAAUGAAAGUACAAUUUAGUUCAAGAUCAGUAUUGUCCGUCGAUCGAUAUACUCGAUGCGGGUAUUCAAACUGACUUGGAUCGAUAUGGCAUUGUAACCAAUUAAAUUUCCUUAUUAGCUUUAUUUUCUUAUGAUUCGCCCCAUGGAAAACUGACGCAAGAAAUUAGAAAGUAGCCUUAUAUUUGAUUUAAUCUAAAUUGAUAUUACGAACAUAUAAUUCCCAUAAUUCGUAUUUAGCAUAAAUGUUAGAAUACCGUAGACACAAUUGUCAUUAAAAAUAUUUAAAUUCUAGACAUUAAUCGGUUACGAAUCCACCCUAUUUGUAUCUGGUUAGUAAGUACAAAGAUUCGGUUCGGUAACCAUCUUGAGUAUUAAUCAAUUUUGUGUAAGUCUAAUCAAAGCUAUAAUUAACUAUAUGGUAUAAUCAACUACAUGCAAUUUCUGAACUGAACAAAAACUAUAUCUGAUCAAAAUGUCGGGCUGAUUCAUGCAUUCACU